AUGACUUAAUUAUUAAAGAAGAAUAUUGAAUCGCUCUAUCCAUAGUUCAGUGUCACUGAAAUUUUAAGAUAGAAUGUAUAUAAGAAAACGAUAAUAUUGAGAAGAGGGAACAAAAAUUAUAUAUUGAGAUUAUUUAAUUUGGAAGGUAUAAAUAAGGAGAAGGUAACCUCAAUCAUAAAAAUAUUGAAUAAACUGUCUAGAAAGAAUAAUGCUCAUGUAGUAAAAUUUUAUGAAGCAUCACAUGAUGUUGAUAAUACCUAUUUAGGGUAUGCAUUAAAUAAUAUUUUGAAGGGUUAUUAGUGAAUACAUAGAAUGUUAAUUUUAAUGUCCAUUGUAAGAGAAAGAAAUAUUGAUAAUUCUAAUACAAGUAAAAGGAUAUGAAUAAUAUAGUUAUGUUCAGCCCUUAGUUUAUUUCAUCCAAAAAGACCACAUGCAAAAAUACUGUUAUCAAAUUUAUUUAGUUUGGAUAAGAAUGCUAUAUUGGGAGAAAUGAAUAUUUUAUAUUAUUUACAUCCUGAAGAAUAUUUAGAUAUUUAUUUAUUAGCACCAGAAUUUGCCAAAUAAAAAAUAUAUGAUUGUAAAUCAGAUAUAUGGAUGCUUGGCUUUUUGAUUUAUUAAUUCAUGUUUAAAGAAGCUCCAUUUAAAGCUAAUAACAUUAAUGUGUUACAUAAAUAAAUAUUAAAAGGUUUAAAAUUUACAUACAAUCCAUAAUAUAGUUUGAAUAUGAAUAAUUUAUUAAGGAUAAUGUUAUGUUAUGAUCCUGAUUUAAGACCAACAAUUGAUUCUAUAAGAACAUUUGCAGAAACAGCUUUAAUUAGCUAAGAGAAAAUAGAUAUUUUUAAAUUAUUACCUAAAUAUAAAUUAGAAUAAAUUGUUCUUCAUAAAAAAAGAGAAGAAAGGAAACCAUAAUAAAUUGAUAAUCAAAUAUACUUAAAUGAAGAUUUAUAAAAGUAUCCUUCAUUUCGACCAUCAAAAGUAUUAAAAACUUUUAAGAAAAUUCUAUCCCCAAGUCCAUCUCCCAAACAUAUUGUUGUAAAUUUUACAGAAAAGAAUGAGAGUUCAAUUAAUAAUCAAACUUAACCUUAAUAACAUCAUUUCUCAUAUUUAGAAAAAUUGGAUAGCAAGAAGAAUUUAUCUACCACUGGUAAGAAUUCUCAUUAAUCUUAAAAAUAAAUUAAUUAAUCUCAAUAGGGAAUCUCACAUUCAUACUAAUAAAGUUAACAAAAUACAAGUUAUCCUGUUUAAUUACCUAAAGUCUUAUAAUUUUAAUAUAGUAAAAUUAAAUUCAGACAAGAAAUGACACCUAAGAAAGAAUUUGAUGAAUCUAAGUAUGAUUUGAGUGUACAAUUUUAGUUAAGAAUAACCAAUUGCAAAAUAUGCCUAGUUACCUUAAAAGAUUAAUCCUAUUCCUAUAAAGAAAUCGCCCCCAAAAAUGUUAUUUCAUUAAUAUUAAGAUACAGUUCUAAGAUCAUUUAGUCAAAGAUAAUGA